UACAAAGAACAAACAAAGACAAGAAAAAAGACAGCUCAAGGACCCAAACGCCAUCCUUGAAUUUCCCAAUCCCAAACAUAUUCCUCUCUUUUUUUAUGGUUCUCCACAUUCUCGUUUGGAUAUGAUCACAAUCCCUGCAAAUCACAUUCCAGUAUUUGGUACUCCUCAACGCUUCCUUUCAAUCUCCUUCCUCUUCCAAAAAUCUUGAAAUUCAGCUUCUUUUCCUUUUGGGUUCUUCUACUUCUUCACCUUCCAUGGCUGCUGAAAUCUUUCAGCACGGGCAUGAAAUCAGCAGGCAAGAAAUCCAAGCUGCCGUCGCUAAAGCGGUUGAGCUCAGGGCUAUUCAUGCUGCUUUGUUGCAAGGGAAUAGCCCUGCUAAUCUCAGACAUCAAAGCUCUCCUUCUCCAUCUAUUCUGCGCUCUUCUAAUCAGUUCUCUGCUCAAGACUACCCUGUUUUUAUGCCGAGUUAUGAAGAAGAACCGUUACCUGGGUCCCAUCAUAUUCAACCGGAUGAUGGAGGAUUAUCAGAGAUGUGGGAUGAGGGAGAACUAGAAAGAGGAGAAUACGAUGACGAAGCAAAUCUCUCCGGUCGUAAAACGGCGAUUCUAUCUUCGAGAAGGAGGUUCUCUUCUUCACUGGUUGGCAGAGAGCAACCACAUGUCCUGCCAGUGGAAGAUCACAAGCUCAAAACAGGAUCAUGCGCGAACCAUAUUACAGUUCUUCAAACAUCCCCUGACAUGGAGAUUCAGAAAUCGAGUAGGAGAACAAGGUCAGGAGAUUUCUACAUUAGUAGCAAGAACCACAAGAAUUCUAAUACUGUAGUGCCGGUUACAGAUUCCCAUCCCUCAAUCCAUGCACACCAGCCAAAGAACAGAGGGCAGAUUCUGUCAUGGUUGUUCCCUCGGUUGAAGAAGAAGCCCAAGAUUCAAACAUCACUGAAUGUUGUAGAAUAUGAAGAUGCACCUCAGUUUCUUAAGGAAUGGGGAAUGUUGUCUCUCGAAUCGUUGAAGAAAGAGCUUCUUGAGGCCAAUGAGAACCGAGAUGCCGCGUUGAUGGAGGCGUCGGAAAUGAGAUCUUCACUGGGAGAACUGAAACAGAAGCUGGUUCAUCUAGAGACAUACUGUGAUGAACUGAAGAAGGCCUUGAAGCAGGCGGUGCAUGGCAAAGAUGCCCAAGUUCCAGAAAGGCCUAAUCUAUCAAAGAGAGGGAAAUCAAUUGAUGGUGGCAGAGACAGUGCAAUGCCUGUCAGCCAUGAAGUGAUGGUGGAAGGCUUCUUGCAGAUAGUUUCGGAAGCGAGAUUAUCAGUAAAACAGUUCUGCAAGACACUCAUCAACCAGGUUGAAGAGACAGACGGUAAUCUGUUGGAGAAAUUGAAUUUGAUUCUCCAGCCCCACAAUCUGACACUGCAUUCCAAACAUUCAAAAUGGGGACAGUAUCACUUGGAAGGUAUGAUAAACCAGGCUCUCCACCAGGACUUUGAGAACUGCAUUUUCCAGAAGAAUGGGUCACAGAAGGUUUUGGAUCCCCAUCAAGACCGCCAGGCGAAAUUCUCGGCAUUCGUUGCAUUGAGAAACCUCAGCUGGAAUGAGGUCUUGAGGAAGGGAACCAAAUACUACAGUGAAGAAUUCAGCCGGUUCUGUGAUCAGAAAAUGAGCUGCAUCAUUUCGGCGCUGGAUUGGUCAAGACCAUGGCCUGAGCAGCUCUUGCAGUCGUUCUUCGUCGCAGCCAAAUGCAUAUGGCUGCUCCAUCUGCUUUCAUUCUCCUUCAGCCCGCCAUUGGCAAUCUUGAGGGUCGACGAGAACACAAGCUUCGAUCCUGUCUACAUGGAGGAUAUGCUAUUCGAGAGGCAGCAGUCUCAGGCCCCAGCCCGGGUUAAGAUCAUGGUAAUGCCGGGAUUCUAUGUUGAAGAUAAGGUGCUGAGGUGCAAGGUUCUUUGCAGGUACAAAAAUGCAGGUUAACAGAUUAUAUUAUAGUUCGCUUGUGUAAUCUUGAUUAGAGAUGUUUGUAAGCUGUUUCUAACUUUGGUAUUCGAUUAAUGGGCAAAUGUGGGCUUUUAUGUUUUUCUAA